AUGUCUCAGGUUCCUACCAUCUCCAUCACAAAUCCUGACCUGGAGAGUCAAGAUCUGAACAUGAGCAGUCCAGUCACAGCUCCAGAUUCACCUACCGUAUUUGACUUUGUAAAAGACCUGCAAGACCUCGAAGCAGAAGAAGACCCACUCCAUGAGUCCAAUCGUCCGGGUUUGGGUUCAGAUUCAAGCCCGGGUUCGAGCCCGAUUACGAAUGACAUCUUGUCGUUUUAUCACAAAAAGUCGAUCCUGCUGACUGGCGCAACCGGUUUUGUGGGUAAAGCCGUCCUGUGGAAACUGCUUGAAGCAGGCCACGAACAGGUCGACCGUAUCUACCUCUUGAUCCGUCCUGGACAAUCCGGACGACGCCAGAUCCAGGCCGCCGAACGCAUCAAAGAAGACAUCCUGUCCAACAAAGCAUUCGUGAACCUCAAAAGAAAAAUGGGCCCGCAAAACUUUGAUUCGAUGAUCAGUCGUAUACUCUAUCCCAUCUCGGGUGAUCUGACUCUUCCCGGACUUGGCUUGAGUCAAGAAGAUCAGAAGCAAGUGAUGGAUAAUGUACAUGUGGUCCUGCACUGUGCUGCAAAUGUCGAUGGUCACGAACGACUUGAUCUUGCAGUAAAGACUAAUGCACUGGGUACACUUCAACUGGCAGAACUGGUCAGUGCGUGCCCACUGUCGUCUUUUAUUCACUUGUCCCCACUACAAGUACAUCAUGCUGAAAGUGAAGAAGAACAUCUAUUGCCUUUACCAGAAGAAGGCCCCGAAAAUAUCCUCGAUACCAUUUUGAUGUCCUCCAAUCUUGACAAUAUCCAAAGCCUCUAUCCUGACUUUAGAGCCCAGUACCCCAAUACUUAUCUAUUCUCAAAGUCUUUGGCAGAACAUCUUUUGUCAAAACACGUCGACAAGAAGAGGUCCAUGGGUCACAAACAAUUUCCUAUGGCUAUUCUUCGUCUUAGUCCUCUUGGACCUAGUAAGGUUGAACCUCUUGUGGGCUGGGCAGAUGGCGUUAGUGGUGCAAAUGGAAUACUUUUACUGACCGGAAGAGGAACAAAAGCCAUUCAAUCAGACCGCGCAGAUGCGAUUGCUGACAUCUUACCAGUCGAUUUCGCAGUCAGAAUGAUCGUGGGUGCAGCCGCAACCUUGGUCGCUCCACCAGCAAACUUUGUGAUGCCUCUGACUAGUACAUUUCAGGACAUUUCCGAUACUUCUUCGGUAUCUUCAAUGCGCGACUCAGCCGGCUCUCAGGUGCCUUCCUCAUAUCGAUUCUCGGCCGAUAGUCUGGUGUCUUCAGCUACGUCGCUACAAACCGAAAAUACUACUUUUAAUAACAACACAACAGCCUCUUCGGGUACAUCAGAAACCGUCUAUUUCCCUUAUAUAUUUCAAGCCACCACAGUCGCACUACAGCCCAUUACCUGGAAACUGGCCUAUGAGGCAAUUCGGUACUAUUGGACUCGAGCAGCUGCCGUCAAUCUGCCAACAUCAGACGUUUAUUUCAGCAGCUCCCAGGGUCUCUCACGGGCCAGAACGAUGAUGAGUUCUAUUCGAUCGGUGGCAUCGAGUUAUAUGACAAACAACAAUAGCAACAAUAACAGUAAUAACAAUAGUAUUAUUAAUGGCAAUGGCAGUAGUAUGUCUCCUGAGCCACUUACUCGCAACAAACGAAACUCCCAUCGCCUCAGCCGAUGUCUCGACAAAGCCGCCAAGCUAUCUUCCACCGUCCGACUUAACUUCCGCACAGGCACAAUCAGAGGCAGUAAUAAUGGUGGUGGAGGAGUGAUUAAGGACGAUCAAAAGAGCCAGACCUUACUUGACAUACUCGCCAACGAUCCUUCAGCCGACAAAUUCGACCCUCGAGGAAUUGUUCCCCGCGACACCGACAAAUUGUUCUGGAUCCAUUAUUUCUUGAAUGCUGCGUAUGGUGUCCAUUUCUACGUCGUACUUGAACCCGACAUCCGUUUACCCAGUCCUCGCCCCGGAUGGGCUAGUGCUUUGCCUCUGUGCGCACUUGAUGGCCAGCAUCUGGUCGACAGGCAGGUCCAGAGCGACAUCUAUUCUGCUGAGCAGAUCAAUCAGCGUUCCAAGCGAAUGAUCCGCCACCUGAGACAGGUCGUUGUCGAAGGCAUGCCGACCGAAACCACAAAGGAAAACAAGGAACACGACGAAGCCUGGCUGGUUGAUCUGGAUGAUUCUCUUGAAGAUUGGUCCCAAGACAACGGGGUUCUCCAGUCUGAUCAAGAUCGACGCCUUUUGCUUGGAAAGUGGAGACGGAAGAUCGGCAGUAAUGAUGAAGCUAUAAAGGUGGUCGUAUUGAAUGACAAGCGUGUUCACCUUGCUAUUCAACAGAUCACUCAGAAGGCUGGUGUUUCAAGGAUUACUGCUACAAAUGAGGCUGUGAAAAUCUUGGCACGAAUGAGUGAAAGAACCCAGCUGGCGUUCGUGUGGUUCGCAGGCUCAUUUCUUAAAUCUAUUCUAGACGAUCUAUUCGAAGGUGUUUGCGUUAGAGAAGAGAGCAUUCGCUACAUCAGAACCUCUACAUUUGGAAAGCGUGUUGUGUAUGUCCCGGUAGGCAAGAGUAUUCUCGAUCCUCUCUUGAUUUGGUACAUAGCCAUUCGAUACAACUUACCUGUGCCAGCAUUGAUGUGUGAUGAAGCUACUUCACAGUUGGGCCCAAUUUCAGAUCUUUAUCGACUAGCAGGUGCUUACUACGUCAAGCGAGAUAAGUCACAGCGCUCUCCACUGCAAUCGGCUGUUAUGGCUGCAUAUUCCCAAGUAUUGCUACGCGAACACGGUGCUUUGACCGGGUGCCUUGAGAAAUCAAGGUCGCGUACGGGUAAAUACCAGCCAGCUUAUGGAGAUGGACUUAUUGAAAUGCUGAUGGAGGCCACUCUCGAGACCAACCAAUCUGCCACCACCGCUACAAAACACUCGGUCGACAGUCCACCUCAAUCACCUGCAUCGAUCACUAGCCUUUCGAUUGAUGAAUCUCCUCGCCGGGUCCAUCGGGAUGUUGUGCUGGUGCCGAUAAAUAUCACCUACGACAGUUUGCCAGAACUUCCGUUCCUGGUUGACGAAGCACUUGACCAGCAACUUCCACGCCGCCAAGGAUCUCUCAAGGUCACUCGCGAUGUUGUCAGACCUAGCGAAGCCAUGGACAGACGUAAUAAACCAAAUGAGGCAGCAGCCCAGCGACGAUGUGGACGAGUGCUGUUUGGUGUCGGGCAGCUGGUUAGCAUCCAAGAGACUGCUUUAAAAACUAAAUGGUCUGGUGAAAGUAGUCAGAUUACUCCUUUAGCACAGACAAUUACCGAAGCAGUUCAGGAUAGCCAGCGCAAGGCAAUGGUUAUCACUCCAGUAUCCCUUGUGUCUGCAAUUGUGCUAUAUGGACGUGCCACAGGCGGUGUGUGUGUAGGAAAGAUCAAAGACUUGAGUGAUUGGUUAAAGCAAGAGUCUAUGGAUCGUGGCUACCUCGUCGAUUGGCAAGAUGGAGAGGAUAUGGAUGCAAUUGUGUGCAACGUGUUCAAGCUGCUAGAUGAAUCCAAGAAUUUGAUCAUUGAAGGCAAAGAGAUUAAUGACGAUACCAACAUUCGUGUCAACGACCAUGCCGACAAUGUUAUGGCCCUGUCAUAUUACUCAAAUCAAAUGGUUGAUGUAUUUUUACUCGACUCCUUUUUCUCUGUCGUCUAUCUUUCGUUCAGUGAAGAGAAUGUUAGUAAAGAUGACUUGGUAGAUCGCUUCAGAUUCCUAGUCCAAAUGCUUGAACGCGAAUUUGUCUUGCAGUGGGAUGUUGAUCAGCAAUUCAAGAAUAUAUUCCAAUCAUAUGAAGAACGUGGAAUUAUCCGUGAACUGUCUGAUCAAGAAGGCCAUUAUGAGUUGCGCGUGAGAGUAGACGCAGAUCCUACACGCUAUGAGCAAAUGAUGUUUUUGGCAUCUUUGGUCUAUCCUACAUUGGACGCAUAUUGGAUCACGUCCUGCUCUUUGUCGGCUCUUGAAGCAGUACCUAUGCUGCCUCGGUGCGUCGUGCCUCAACUGGCCCAGUGGAUUGCUACUCACUUGAUCAGUGGUCGACGAACCAUCUAUCGUGAAGUACUGUCCACCGAAACCAGUAGAACUGCGGUUGAGGUAUUCCUGUCUCUUGGUUUCCUCAGCGAAGUCCAAUCCAAGGAGAAGCUUUCUCCUGAUGCUCAAAUUCUUCUCCAUGAAUUGAGCAUCCCAACCACCGAGACUUUGAUCGAAUUGACUGGGCAGAAUAGCGAAGGUGGCAAGACGCCUGUGUCUCCUAUUGAUCCCGAAGGAAUGAUGAAGGCAAUGAUGGCACAAAUUCAGAUGAACAGAGCCAAUUCCAACAUGGCUGAUCUUUGUCAGCAAAUUGAUUCGUACCGCCUUGGGGCAGCAUCUCAAAAGGAGAGUUUCCAGAAUAACCAGGUGUUCCAGAAAUGUCUAAAGCAGAUCAACGGCAUUCUGCAAGCCAGUACUAGCCUGGCUAAAAAGAGAAGAAUCUCAUUAAGUCAACAAGAAGAAGGACUUGUGCAGUUGGUAUAUGCCCUUCGUUCAAAUGGUUCCGUUUCAGUCGAUAGAUCAGCAAACGGACGUGCUCUUCGACGCGUCUCAGAAGCAUACAAUCUUAAAUAAGUUUUUACAUAUUUUUUUUACAACUAGUAGUAAUUAACCUUACCCUCUUUCUCUCUCUCUCUCUCUCUAUCAACCUUUCUGACUUGCAGACCUCUCAAUAUUUUGUUUCCUAUCCCCCCACCCCCUUUCGUAUAUAUUUAUGUGUGUGUAUAAAGAAUCUCUUUCUCUUUUUAAAUAAUUUUUUUAAAGAAAAAA